AUGGAACGAUUCGGAGUGAAGUCUGCACCAUCACGUAACCGCUCGAAGACGGCUUUGUACGUGACUCCUCAGGAUCGUGUAACUGAGUUUGGCAGUGAGCUGCACGAAGAUGGAGGAAAACUCUUCUGCACUUCCUGCAAUGUGGUUCUGAAUCAUGUUCGCAAGUCUGCCAUCAAUGACCACCUCAAGUCUAAAACACACACAAAGCGAAAGGCAGAGUUUGAAGAACAGAACGUCAGGAAGAAGCAAAGGACUCUGACUGCCUCCCUUCAGUGCAACAGUACUGCCCAGACAGAGAAAACCAGCGUCAUCCAGGACUUUGUGAAAAUGUGCCUGGAAGCUAAUAUUCCACUUGAGAAGGCUGAUCAUCCAUCUGUGCGAGCCUUCCUGUCCCGCUACGUCAAGAAUGGCAGUUCAAUACCCAAGUCAGACCAGCUAAGGAAAGCAUACCUGCCUGAUGGGUAUGACAAUGAGAACCAGCUCAUCAAUACUGAAGACCGUUGAGAAGAAAACUGUUUUCAUCAUUGUUGUGAAGUUUUACAUAUUGAUGGUGUGGUUUAUUUUUAUAUUCAUGCAUAUAUACAGUGUUACAUAUUGGUUUUACAAGCUAUUUUGUAUUAUUGUAGAAAUGACAAUCUAUUUGUGAACUUAAUGGUAUGCUGCAGACUUGCUAACCCUGCUGUAGACAUCAGAGCUACUUGAUGUAGAGCUCAUGAUGAACGCAGGGAGCGUACCUGGCAUACACCUCAUCUGUGUUCAGUCCAGCUGUAACUGACGCUAAGAAAAAGGCACUUGGAUGGAGGACCUCACUUACCAAACUGUGCGUCUAAAUACGCGAGGAAGACGAUGCGAUAGGGAUUGUUAAUCAUGUCAGUGGAUUGCUCUGUCCAGUAUCCUGUCCGCGAGUGACCAAGAAGCAGCGCUGCGCAUUUGAAAUGCAAGAAGCUGUAGAAUGGUUAGUUAAAAUAUAACUGCUCUGUUGUGGGAGGAUUAUUGCAAAUUCCUAUUCAAGUUAGGUUUGUGUGCUAAAGCGGGAAAUAUUUUUCUUCUAGAAUGCUCUCUUGCCCUACUUGGUGCAACUGUGGGUGCAUUCAUUAUCUAGCUUAAAUAGGCAGUCGUCUCUUCUAUUGACCUCAACUCCACUAUUCUCAUAAAGGCAGGAGUUCUGCAGGUUUACCAUGCUGGCUUUUUUAAAAGCAUUGUUUCAUUGUCUCAGUUUAACAUGUCUCCUUCAGUUUCUGUGCCAAUUUUUGAAAGUUGAGUAGACAAAUGAGUAACUGAGUGUGGUUUGCAUUGCAGCUGCAGGCAAGUGAAACCUGUGCUGGACCAAGAUCUCAGUAGAGAGGAUUAAUGCUUUUUUAUUACUAGCAGGACAAAGGAUGCUGAAUCUGAAUUUGGGGUGGGGGAGGUACUAAAGUGUGGAGUUGAGAAAGCUUUUUCUACAGCGCGCAGGGGAAGAGGCUUCUCCGUCUUUCCCUGAAGCUUCCUCUACAUCUCUGUCCUUGUCCUCAGCCUUUUAGUCAAAGGAGGUAAGGUGAUUAAAAUAGUUUUCAAAAUAGUUACUGCAAAGGCUAUUCAGUACCUGUAAGCGCAAAUAUGAAAGCAUGUAUACUUUGGAGCUAUACUGGAAUUUCUGAGUCUGUGCCAAGGCCACAUCUAUUCGUCUGGCAAAAAGAAAAAUGGGAAAUUGAAGAAUUUCAAUAACGUUACCCUCUCCAAAGUCUAGUCAACUGGUACUGAGCUAUUCCAAACUAUUAUGCCAAAUAGUCCACUCACCGUAAGCGCUCUGUAAAGUUUUUGAAUGGAAUGAGGGAGCACCAUGCAAAGCGCUGGAAUACGACAAACUUCUGCCUGCUCUAUAUUUCCUUGAUGCUCUGGGUUCAGGGAGCCGAGCAUCUUCCCAGCAGCACAGAAAUCCUCUGCUCAGUGGAUACAAGGGUUUAAGCAUGCUUUAACUCCCUCAGGUGGAGCCAGUUGUUCUGUUCACCUUCCUUUCCCCAGUAGAGUUUCACAGUAUCUGUUUCUCAUUAUUUGUUUUAUUCCAGAUAUUUACAGCAAUACUAAGGAAUUGCUAAAAGAGACAAAAUAAAACCUGCUUAUUUUGUUUCUGUAGCUACUUCCCUAGCUAUUUCUAGGGCAGUCUCUUUUGCUGGCUUGAGAGAGACUUACAUACUUAUGAAAAACUGGGGUUUUUUGUGCAAUUAGCUUCUACAGAAAUGCACUUGUGUUACAUUAUAACCAUGUCUUGUAGCCUUCUGCUAUGAGACCCGUUUGAAUAAGCGGAUGAAACUAAAACGCAGAAGGCUGCCUACCGUGUGUACCAGUACACGAGUACUAAGUACACUGGCGCACCUUUGGUCCCUGUUGAAGCUGGCGGGACUCCAUGCAGUCAUAGCAAUCCUGUCAAUGGUAUUGGUUGCUGGUUUAGAACUUGAGGCAGAAAUAACAGUAGUAAUUUUUUUCUCUAAUCCUAGAUAUCGGAAUAGGCCUUCCAAAGUACCGUUUGCUAUCGCACAAGCUAGGGUUUAGCUUGGGAUCAUGAACUGCCUUGGGCUGGAACUGUUUUAUAAAUCUUCUUAAGCCAAGGGAAAGGUACACUACCAAUAGUCUUUUGUGUCCUGACGAUAAUUGAAAGUGUUCUUUUACAGCUGCUGUUUCAUUACAGUGAAGCAACAUCCUUGCUUUAAUUUCUUUUACCUUAUGAAUACUAUCUUAGAAUUGAAGCAAGUAAAAAACAACAGAUUAUUGAGAAAACAGGCUUCCAUUAAACAAAAGCAUCUACAGAAGACGGUAUGAUUAACAGGUAUGAAUUUUGGCUAGUUAGCUCAGUUCUUGCCAACAUGGAGUUUCACAGGCUGCACUCCAUAACCAUUUCAUAUAGGAUUCAAUGCUGUAUGUUUCUCCCUUAACUGGCAAACUGACAGACAUUUUGAAAAGCCUAAUGGUAAUGUUAAACAGGUUCUUGCACAACUGGAAAAAAAAGUAAAGUUACUUUCACGUAUAUUGUUUUACAUAAAAAUAAAAGUUAGCAAUAUCAACAUCUUUUGUUAAAAAAAAGAAAACCAGUCAUUUUCAAUAAGGCAAAGCGAUAUUAGAACACUUAGUUUCUCAAAAGCUUACUCUACUUAUAAAGCAGACUGUGUACAAGACUAUCAAUUUACAGAACUAAUACAAUUCUUUAAGUAUUUUCAGUAAUUAUUCUAGUACCAAUUUAUUUUUUUAUGCAGAUUUACUACAGAGGGUACAAGCCUGGUGGAGGAACCUUACCAGUGUAGCCAUAGGCUACCAACUCAUAACAAUUUGGAAGCAAAAAUUGGUCAUCAGGAUUUUGAAUGGAAUUGAAUUAAUUCCAGUGCACAGCAAUUUGUAGGACACUGGUGUCUUAAUAAUGGGAUAUUUUUUAAAAAAAAAAAAAGAGCUACAUUUUUCAAGCUUUUCUAAACCCGAGACACUGAACCGUUGCAACAAAUGUUCAUAAUGAAGUAAAGCAAUGAAAAAUAGAGCACUUGCAGGUCAUCUAGAAAGAAUAAUAAGUUAGUUUAUAUUCAUGGACAUAACCCAGAUCAUCAUCAAGAUGGUUACACUUACUGUCUUUAAAAGUAAAAAUGGUUCCAGUCAGUCUUGGAACAAAGUCCUGCAAACACUCAAGUUCAGAGCAUAAUUUUGCCAGCGUGGCUCUUGGAUAAAGCAUAACCUUGGUUUAAUUGCUAUUGAUCUUAAGGUAGAUUUACAGCGGAAGUUUUCUGGUAUGUCUAAACCUAAGUAAGAACUAAUUCCUAGAACAGAGGCCAUGGUUAAGUUGUUUAACAGUCUCCAUGGGGUUUUCCUUUUUUCCUGCAAGAACAUUGCAUUUUUUUUUCAUGUAUUUCCUGUAAAGAGUACUUUCAGAAGCAAAGGGAGGAUGGUAGCAAGGUCUGCUUUUCAUUUUACAUAUAUAUGUAGGGACAAGCUAUAAGGGAUACUUUUUGCCAGGUGCUUUUAUUAAUAUAUUUGAAGCUGUAAAUGUAAUAUAAAAGAAAAAGAAGAAAUAUUUUCUUCUCUGAUCAUGUACUUAUACUAGUUUAGCCAACUCACAGCUAAAAUUACUCCAAAGUGCUUUUCUUGGAACAACACUUUCAAAGAUUAAAAUACAAACAGGAACAUUCUCCGUUUUGUGACUCCGUACAGGUAUGCACCAUGUUAGUUCCAGCUUGCAUGUUAUUGAAAAAACGUGAGCAAGUUCUAAUAUUUUUAAGUACUUUGAAGCCUGUAAUUUGGAGGUCCCUAGAGGAGGUCAAACAUUCGACAUAAUGAAAGGGAAAGCUGUUUUUCAAUUGCGAGAGAAACUUGGUUCUGCAAAGUAUGGGAUAUUCUCAUGAUAGAAGGACUAUUUUUAGCCAGAGCCCCUUUUAACAAUUCUGUUGAACUCAACAGUGAAAUGCUCUCUGCUAGGUUUUGCAGCAUAAUGAGCCGGUUUUCAGGGGAGAAAAUAAAAAAAAAGAAAAAAAAAAAAGCUGGAAGUUUGGCAAGGAUAAUCUAUUUAUAUUUACUUAUAAAGAGAGGCAAGACUCACUGUUGUUGUGUUCACAUUGUACUCACUGCUAACUCUUUGUGUAAUUUGAGUGCUUGUUGUCUUUGUACAAUUUUAAGGGUGUGUCUAACUUUCAAAAUAAAUUUUUUUUAACAAAG